AUGGGGGAUACCGAAAGUCUCCGAAGCUGCUAUGACAAACUACGAAAAGCCGUCGGAAACAUCCCAAUGGAUGCGUCCAAAUCGGCGAAACUUCAGAAUUUGUCGAGUGGCAAAAUUUCAGAGAUUCUCCCGAAUCUUUAUCUCUCGGGACGAACGGUCUCACAGAAUUCGGAAUUAUUGAAAGAGAAAAAUAUACGAACAGUGAUCAAUGUGUCGGAUCGAGAAGUUUUGAAUUAUGAAAAGAGUUAUCCAUUUGUGAGGAAUUAUCGAUUUUAUUCAAUGUCUGAUACGGCUGAUGCGAGAUUCGAUUCGAUUCUAGAUGAAGCAAUUCGACUGAUCCAUGAAACAAGGAUAAGAGGAGAAGCCGUCCUCGUCCAUUGCUUCCUUGGAGUCUCCAGAAGUGCGACGCUCGUUGCAUUUUACCUAAUAACAUCGUUUGGAAUCAACUGGCGAGACGCUAAAGCCGCUGAAGCCCGUUCCCAACUAACCAGUCAACGAUGUCUUCGAAUGAGAGAAUCUGAUCGGGACGUCAUCAAAAAGUACCUUCCACUUGCAGUGAUUGAGCUUUAA